CAAGCACCUGUAGUUUAAAAUAUUCCUCCCAACGAUGAAGUCACUGCAUAUUUUAACCCAGAGGCAAAUGUUGUUCAAAAAUCAGAUAUCUUUAUUGAUAAAUAUGUUCAAAAUUGCCAUGUAUUCGACUGUGUUCGGAUUGCAUUGUCGUGCAGACAAAAAUCCAGAAUUUCAAUUGGUAGAAGAUAAUGACGACUUUGUUCACAUCUACAAGGAAGAAAAAGCAAACACUUGGACUCCUGUUGUUCCAAAGACAUCAGAUAGAUCAGCCACCAUUUGGAUAGCUGUGGUUUCAGUAGUUGCAUCAGUUUUUCUACUCCUGACCUGUUGUGUUCUAAUUUAUAAGUUUUUCUUGAAGAAAAUGUUCAGUGGCCAGGCCUCAAACGCUGGAAUGGUAUAUCCACCUCCAGUGGUGGUCUACAAUCCUAGGGUGAUGAGAGAGUACCAUGGUAACCAAUGGACACGGUUCCAUGAUCGUCAAACAGAACAUUAUGCAAUGGCCAGUACUAACAACAGUUCUCCAUUAAAUGACGUUCCCCCGGACUAUUCUGCCAUUUCAAAAACAUCUUCAACUGAUUCAGCUUCAAGAUAUGCUCACUACCCUCAAGUUUUUAAUAGUAAAAAACUCGAAACACCACCUCCAGAGUAUAUCACAGUGGCCCCUUUUAAGUGAACUUGAAUAAGAAAACAUAUUUAUGCUAUUUGCUAAGUAAUGUGAAAGACUGUUAGUAGACCUUUAAUAUCUGAUGGAAUUUCAUCGAAAGCUUGAAUAUGGUUAUGCUUUACAUUAUUGUUUGUUGAAUCGAAGAAUAUAUCAUUUAUAUUUUUCAGUUGCCUUCUGUAUACUUUUUACUUCAAAGAACUUAUUUUUAAAUAAAUUUAUGAAUUUAAUCCUU